GUUCAACUUUGAUUUUCUUCUUCCUAUUUCUUUCCUUUCUUUCUUUCUUUUUUAUAAAAUAAUAUUGUAUAUACCACUCCUAAGGUUAUACAAUAUUAUUACUUCACAUAAUUUUGCAUUUAUAAUAACUGGGUGUUGAGCAUUGCUUGAUCCUCUUAUUAGCUUGUCAUAAUGGGGCUAUCAAGAACUACCAACGAUAGCAUAAGCUCUAGGAGCACAGUAUUCGAAACAGGCUCCAAGUUUGCUCACGAAGUUACUACUGGUACAAUACAUGAAGAUAGCUUGCCCCAGCUGGACGGCGAGCAAAAGUGUUACGGGCCAUGGGACGACUGGAACUUGUUUGAUCGGUUGACUAAUAGCGACAUUAACCAUGAAUAUGUCAUGGAUGAAUAUGUCAACUAUCUUACCAGCUUACUCAAAAACUUCCCUGGAGUAUAUAAGCCCACAAACCGCCCAAUCGGAUUGCGAUUAUCGGCGUACGAAGAUAAGAACGAAACUGAUAGGUGUGAAUCGUCAUGUCCUAGCUUAACGGAUGAUUCUACCUUGUCAGGGACUUCAUUCUUCGCCGAGAGUCGGAAAAGCCCCGUUCGCUAUUCGCCUAAACGACGCGAGUCGUUGUUCCCGUUGAAGUCAAACUUACUACCGACACUCAAUAAGAAUAAACGCUACGGAGGUUUCAAAGACUUGCGGACGACGCUACUUCAGUUACCGCAUGUGGAACUCGGAUAUUCUCUGGAUUCGAGACCUAAAUUUGAGUCGUGGUCUAAUACUCGCAAAUCGUUCAGGCCUGUUGUGAUCAAGACAUCAGCUCCACCUAAAAUUAGAGCCGAUAUCCAAACGCGAUGUUACGAAGCUAGCGAUUCUGAUUCACUUGAUUCCGAAACUUCGACAGACAUCUCUUCUGACGAUGAAGAAUAUGAUCCGUUUGAAAAAUUGAAUAACGCAAUCAGACGAGUCUUUUCGUUUAACGAACAGCUUGCAGAUAAAGUAAUCAACUACUUGGUACGCCUUCCACUACAUCGGCGAGCGAAGGUUUAUGGAUAUGGGGCCAUCUCCUCCUACGGCGCCGACGACUCACAGGAGUCAAGUAUCAUAGUCAAUUAUGGGGAUAACUUUAGGCCUACGAAGCGAAAGCGAGUCGACGAUACUUCGCCGGACAAUUUACGCCCAAACCAAACUCUCGAAGGCGACGAUCAUGAUGAUCGAGUCCUUGUUGACCAUCAACGUCGAGAAAAAGAUUUAGCUCUCAGGAGAUUCGCCUGUGGGUACAACCUUUUCGACAGGGCAAUAUACAGCCCGAUGAAUACUAGAGGAAGAACUGCGACACGAUAUAAAUCAUGUGCCGGUCCUGGAUUCUUGUCUCUCAACCAUUACAAGCGCCAUCUAGAACGUGUCCAUACCUUGCACCAAUGUUCUCGAUGCGGUGAUAUUUUUGACACAUCCGGAGAGUUGCAAAGCCAUUUAGCGCAAGACUCGAGAUGUAUCAAAUUGACAUUCGAACAUGAACGAGGUAUAUCUCAAGCUACGUGGGAUAAGGUCAAGGGCAUCCUUAAGAGAAAGCGCAAGGCCCAAGAUGAGCCUUCCGAUGAAGAAAGGUGGUUCCGUGUCUGGGAUGUCCUCUUUCCUGAGAUGCAUAGACCUCCGACAGCCUACUUUGAAGAGCCGCAGAUGCAUAGCACCUACCCGGCCAGAGCUUUGGAGGUCUUUGAUUUUCUGUUAACCAACCAACCCGAACUGGCCUCUGUCCGUAGCCACAGGGAUGAUAUUCUUAAAGCGUUAAGACAUGCUCUUGAUGUUGCUGGUCAAGGAACACAAUUAAAUCAGGAAGUUGGCGAUCAAGUUAUGAUCUCACCACAACCACCACCAUCAUCGCAAGACCCUUUACUAAACAGCAAUGCGCAACACCGGAGUCUCGACACUUACCAAAUAGCCAUCUCGGAGCCUCAUAUACCUGAUGAAAUCAACGAAUUUACUGGCCUGUCGAAUCCCUUGGAAGAGAUGGGAUACCCAGAUGACGUACCGAUCGAUAAUGUGGCCCUGUACGGGGUAUCUAGUUCAAUCUAUCCCGAGGUGGGUGUCACCGCCGAUGAAUAUGAUGAUGGGCCGUAUGGGAACCCUCUCAACCUUGGGAAUUUGUCUCUUCCUUGGUAAACAACACCCGACUUUAUCGUGAGGCCCGCAGACUAUGCCAAACGGUUCUAACCAGAACUGACUUAGAAGGAUGUUACGAAAGGAUGGACAUCGAGCUAUGCGAAUUACAUCCUUACGUGGGAUGGAUAUCAUAUGCACAUCUUCUUCAUAUAUACGUCCUGAUCUUUAUGGAAUCAUCUUAUAUGACCGGGACUUAGCUCUAUUUCGGGACUAAAAGUCAUAAAUAAUAGAUAUGUGCGAACAUGCCACAUCAUUUGGCUAUUCGGGUCUUGCAAACUACGUUGUGGCGGUACCCCGUAUUAUGAUUCGUCUCCCCGGCGUAACGUGGUACUAUUCUUAGAUGGAGAUCGAGCGACGCGUGUUAUAAAGUUUUGGCUGUCUAUCAAACUCUGCCGUCGUUCUCCGGUAUUGAUGAUCUGAAGAGAACAUCCUAAGGAUCCUCCCUGAGACUGAGGCAGCGAAGAUCGUAAGGCGCAAUGUUGCGGAUAUGAUUCAUCGACCUCGGGAUCGCUACCUAGGGUCGUGGGUCAUCCGGGAGAG